AUGGCCAAAUCCAAAGUCCUCCCCCUCAUCCUCCUCCUCAUCUUCGUCGGCAUCCUUGCCGCCGUCGGCUUCGUCGUCUACAGCAUCGUCCAGGGCGUGAGCAAGACCACGCGCGAGAAGAUGGAGAAGAAAAACGUCGUCUUCACCAAGGAUGGCAUGAAGGUGAACGUGAAGGAGAUCAAGGACGAGGCAUAUAAGGAUCGCACGCAGAGUGUCCUCGUCAACAUGUGGAACCACACUUCCUUCCCCGCGUACAAGAGCCGUCUUUGGGAUAUGCAGGGCCAGGAGGAGAAGCCCGGAGCUGAGAAGCGCAAGCCGUACUCAAAGUAA